GUGUUUUAAACUGGUAGAAUAUAGUGACACACUUUCUUCACUAUGGGGCUUUAGAUCCAAGCAUGACAUUGUUUAGGCUGUUAUCAUUUGGAACUCAGCAGUAAUUAUAGGUAUUUCCCAUCUUAGCAGUUAGUAAUGGCAGCUCUAUGAAAUUAAUGACAUCCAAAUGUCUUAGCCUUAACGACUCUGCACAGAUCUUGCAAAUUAAAGGCCAUUAUUUCAUUUAUUGAAUCAAUGCAUCCCAUGUUUUCCUACUGCCUCCCACUUUCCUUCAGAACUUGUCUCAUGUCCCUCAUACCAAAUGGAAGCCAGCUGCUGUGUGUUGCUUUUGACUCUUCUUGAAUAGCCACUGUGUUAAUUUCUGUUGUUCAAUGAAAAUAUAUAUAUGCUAUUUAAUAUCUUGUCAUUAUGAUCUCGUUUGCUAGGAAACCAAAGUUCAUUUUGUGAUGUCAUACCUGCACAAGAUAGACUCAUUGUGAUGCUCUAGAACUCCUUAUUGAAGCUCCCUGCUCCCUGGCAUCAUUUUUAAUAGACCUGCUGCUGUCUUAUCAGCAUGGUUUAACCAAUACAUAAAUGGCUACAUCUGGAAAGAAUUACCUGAUUGAAAAAAGAGAGGUGGAGGUGGGUGUUCCUACUGCACAAACGCAACACCUUUUGGCUGAAGAUGAAUCAGUUCAUUCCACAAUCUCCAUUUCAUCUACUCCUCUGCAUGAUAAAACAGCAGCUGGUGACUCAGCCUUAAGGUCUAUACUAGAAGAAAAUGCUUUUCAAGCUUUGAGUGUUGAACCCUGGGCAAAAAGGCCACGGCUCGCUCUCUGUGAUGAUGGUUCCCUUGAAGACAAUGAUUUUCUAUCCCUUACCUUCCCAAAGAAACUCUGGAAAAUUGUUGAAAGCGAUCAAUUUAAAUCCCUGUGGUGGGACGAGGAUGGGAAUUGUGUAGUGAUUGACGAAGAACUUUUUAAAAAGGAGGUCCUAGAAAGAAAAGGACAAUUGCGCAUCUUUGAAACUGACUGCAUGAAAAGCUUUAUUCGUCAGCUCAAUCUCUAUGGCUUUAGCAAGAUGAGACAGAAUUUCCAAAGAUCUGCCUCUCUUGUUGAAUUUUUAGCUGAAGAAAAAGCUGCUUAUGCAUUUAGCAAGUUGCAAUUCUAUCAUAACCCAAAUUUUAAGAGAGGUUGUCCUCACCUUCUUGCAAGGUGCAAGAGAAGAGUGGGAAUUAAAAAUACACCACCCAUGGCUUUCUCAUUAGAGGAAGACUUCCAUGAAGACAGCCUGAUGAGCAGGUCAAGGAGUCCUGAAGAUUCAGCUACUCUUGGGCCCGCUUCCAGAGAGAACAGCUUCCUUGCAAGCUCUCCAAAGGACAAAUUGCACAAAUGUGGACUCCGAAAACCUGCCAUGAUCAAGUGUCUUGCUGGACCCGCAGCCCAUUUGAGAAGUGGAUAUGCUCCUUCUCCUCCAACCCCUUUGAAAACCUCUGAGCAGAUGGUGCCAGAGGACAAUGAUAAUACAAUCAACCAGCUGGCUCCUUUCCAUUUACCCCAGCACAGCAGCCAUGCUCGAGUCAACACACACGAGAUAGACUCAACUACCACUACAUCUGCUACCUCCUUGUAUCAUGUCAUACCUCCUGUACCCAACAACCCCUUUGCACCAGUGAUGGGGCUGCCAGCUUUCCCAACCAUGUAUCCAGACUUAUCAGCUAUGCAGGCUCACUGGGCUAGCUUACUCCCAUUUUGUAAUCCAUGGUUCUCUAUGCCUAUGAUAGCAGCAGCGUCUGCAAUUUCCAUGUCAAGAUCAUCCCAUCAUCGAACGCCUUCAUACCACCAUUGCCCAAACUGCAACUGUUCAUCAAACACAUCUGCUUCCAAAGCAGUUGGGCCCAAAGCCACAGAAAACAUGGGGUACCACCGAUGAAGCAAAGGGGAAACUGAAAAACUCAAGGCCCUCUUAAAACAGGGAAAUUCACCAUGGCAUGGACUGAAGAAUAAAUUUCUUACUUCCCUUUCUUUCUGUCUUGUUUACCUAGGUUAGUUUUUGUAUUUUUUUUUCAUCAUGGUUGGAUUAGUAGUAAUUUGUUUCUACUCAAUGGUCUAAUUAUGCAACAACGAUGGCAAGGGCAGCUGGGCAACCUGUGGGGCAAUAAUUGGAUUUAUCUGGGCUGUCAGCUUUCUGCUGCUGCUGUAGAAGGACAGUGAAAUCCACAAGCAUCUUAAGAAUUUUGUCUGGCCUCUGUGGAAAUUGAGUUGCAGCUAGACGCAAAUAGUUGGACUGCACAAGGGAUGUAAAAUACCUCUUAGGUGUUUUCUUUCUUGGUGUGAUUAAGAAAUAAAACAUGUGGCUAAGACAACCUUGAGAAUCAGAUCGAAGAUUUAGAAAUCUAAGAAUAGAUAGAAUAGUUUAUUUACAGCCCUUAGACCAGUCACAUAUGCAUAAAACCUUAUAAUUUCUAACUUUCAAUAUUCCAUUAGAACAUGUUACCAUGCAUACAUCUGGGAGCUACUAUCUAGUUGGAGUUUGGCUUCCGCAAUUGAAGUAUUGCCGCACAGAAUUUGGAAAGUUGGCAGGUGAUCUGCGUAGAUGUGGGGGAAAAAAGCCCUUCUACAAACUAAUUUGAUAGGGAAGAAUUUGAACCAGGGACUUUAUUUAUCUCUAUUAUGUGGAUACUGUCCUCUGUCACUUAGGUAAGGGUUUUCAAAAUGUUUUAUUGGAACAACUGCAUUGUGACAAGCAAUUUUCUAUAUUCGAGGCUAUUCAAGGUAACUAUCCUACAAAAUAAGAUGACACAUUCAUAGGUUCACAGUAAGCAUCUAUUAUAGUGCUGUGGGUCUAGAGGGGUCAAGGAUAACCACUAUAAAACCAAUAGAGCAUAAGAACAGGUAUUGGCCUUACUUCAUUUCCAAAGAAUAGGAGAUGACUUGCUUAAGGAAACAGCACUGUAAGAAAAGCCACAGUACUGAGGACAGGUUAGUUCUGCUAGUUAGUUCUUUCUUGUUCAUCAUCUUCAGGGAAGACAAACAGUUAGUAUGAAUCUGUCUGUACAGAUUGUCAGUACAUGUGAUUGGUGAAAUAUC